GCUUAGAUUGAGAUACGUGCGUGUCUCCGGGUACGAAUUACAUAAAUUUCGUACAAUUGACGUAAACUUGCCAAGCAUUUGCUCACACAGCGAAAAUCCGGCCUAAACUCCAGUUAGCAGCAGCAUCUGUCACCAUGUACAAAUUGGCUGCCUUAACGCGGGAGCGUGCCUGCUUCAUCACCUAUCAGUUAGCGAGCUCCAACCUGCAACAACAGCCGCAACGCUGGUAUGGCACGCCCGGACGCCGACCCGGGUUCUUUUCACAGUUCGUUGAGAAUGUGCGCAGUGAAAUGGAUAAGAACAAGGAGAUGAAGGAUAGCAUAAAGAAGUUUCGUGAAGAGGCCCAAAAGCUGGAACAAUCGGAUGCAUUAAAGUCGGCGCGGCAAAAGUUCAACAUUGUUGAAUCGGAAGCACAAAAGUCGUCGAGCAUAUUGAAAGAGCAGCUGGGCGCCAUCAAGGAGAAAGUGGGCGAUGUUAUUGACGAUGCCUCCAAAUCGGAUCUGGCCAAAAAAGUCUCCGAAGAGCUGUCGAAGAAGGCGAAAGGCGUCAGCGAUACGAUAACAGACACAAGCGACAAAAUUGGCCAAUCUGGCGCCUUCAAGGCCAUCUCCGACACGACGACAAUGAUCAAAAAGGAAAUGAAUGCGACGAGCAUAGACAAUCGUGUGUAUUGCUCACCGGUCAAGCUGCGCAAGCGUGUCCAGGUCGAUUUGGCCGAUAGCACGCGCGUCGUGGAGGCAAAUACUGAAGCAACAGGCCUGGAGCUGCACAAGGACUCGAAGUUUUAUCAAUCUUGGGAGAAUUUCAAGAACAACAAUACCUAUGUAAAUAAAGUAUUCGACUGGAAAGUGAAAUAUGAUGAAUCGGAAAAUCCGGUGAUCAGAGCGUCCCGUCUGCUCACCGACAAGGUAUCUGAUGUGAUGGGUGGUCUCUUCUCCAAGACAGAGCUGUCCGAGACGAUGACGGAACUCGUUAAAAUCGAUCCCAAUUUCGAUCAGAAGGAGUUUUUGCACGACUGCGAGAAGGAUAUUAUACCAAAUGUACUUGAGGCCAUUGUGCGUGGCGAUCUGGAGAUUCUGAAGGACUGGUGCUUCGAGAGUACGUACAACAUUAUUGCCACGCCCAUAACGCAAGCGAAAAAGUCUGGACUGUAUCUGGACUCAAAAAUUCUGGACAUUGAGAACAUCGAGCUCGCUAUGGGCAAGGUCAUGGAGCAGGGCCCAGUGCUGAUUAUCACGUUCCAGGCGCAGCAAAUAAUGUGCGUGCGCGACCAGAAGGCCCAAGUCGUCGAGGGUGAUCCCGACAAGGUGAUGCGUGUCCAUUAUGUGUGGGUGCUGUGCCGAGAUCGCAACGAGCUCAAUCCAAAAGCCGCCUGGCGGUUGAUGGAGCUGUCGGCCAACAGUCAGGAGCAAUUUGUUUAAACGACACCGAAAGCUGCACGCGAUUUACCUCUAAGCAGUUUAAGUUACACUCAUCAUCAUCCAUCAACCAUCAGUCGAAUCAUUGACAGACACAAUGACAUCCUACAAAGAACAUAGUUGUAGAAGUUGUAGGUUUUAAAUGUGUGACAGAAGUUUCACUCUUAUAUAUAUAUAGAUUACUUUUGUCGCGUACCAGUGCGUGUGAUCUCUUCCGUGCCGGAGCUGCUGGUCGGUUUCCCUUUACUUAUCUGUGAUGCAGCAGAUUGCUGGCACGGCUGUUCGUUCACCCACUGGAACGCGACACUGGCUGACCACCGAACAUCGACGGCCAUGCUUCUCCCUGAUUGCCCAGCCGGCCGGCACUAUAUAUGUUGUAUAUUUUAACUUAUCUUGUAAGCUGUAUAUGAACCAGUGGGCUUGGGUGCUCAGAGUGUUCCGUGUCCGUCGGCGCCCGGUGGCCAAGUGUUUUUGGCCCCUCCAACCCCCGCCCCCAAAAUUUUAAUGUUGAAGCUAAAAGUGCAAGCAAUUUGUAAUUCUAAAGUUAAAUUGUUGAUUAUAUAGAAGAAGAUAUAUUACGUUUUAGGGCCCGUGUUGCCUUUGACAUAUGUAUAAAAAUUCACUGUACACAGUACGAAUAGCUGAAACUCGACGAAAGCCAGAUCAACAAGGAACACAUCUCCAAUUUGUAUAACCCAGACGCUUCACAUUCAAAGUCUAGAAAAUAAUAAUAAAAAUUAAAUUGUACCUAAAAAUCA